UGGGGGAGAGAGAGAGAGAGAGAGAGAGCGAGACAGUGGACAGAGAGCGCUCAGGAGGUUGGAACAAAGGAUCUGUCAUAGUGAGAAAGUUUAAAAUAGCAGACCACAAGUGAGAGAACACAAUCUCAAGACGAGAAGAAGAAAAGAGGAGACCGAAAGAAGAGAAAACCAAGACAGUGUACGACAGACCAGAGAACGGAAACGGGUGAGAGGUAGAGAGAGACGUGGAGUGAGAGGGAAGUAGAGGGGUGGAGAAAGAGAGCAGACGCCAGCUAUACAGUGAGACAUUAAGACACGCCUUUUCAAGGUCUCUGUUGGAGUAACAUCUGGACUUCCCACUACUCACACACGCUUGGACAAGCAGGCUGCCAAACCCAGGACUGGAUUCAGUGGUGCAGUAAGUCAUUGGAAGACUCUAAUACUUCAAAAGUAUAUGACCUCUUCACAUACCCAGAAGACCCCUGACACCCUGCUGAGAUGUUUUAUGGUUCUCUGGUAGAUAUGGACAGUAGGUAGUGGCAGUGGGAAUCUCAUUCAUCCAUUCAUGUGUGCCAAUAAUUGGAUAAUGAGGGAUGUUGCUGUCCGCAGGAAGGUUGUAGUUGCUCGCGCUUCAUUGAGUUUCUUCACUUUGAUAUUCGGAGCACUGAGCUGGACGGUCCUCUGACUGGUUUAGACGCUGCAGGUGACUGCGUGGAGCCACCUGAUCUGGCUGGGAUGUCGGGAAGUGAAUUAGCCCUGCCCCCCCAGACUGACCCGCCCUCACAGGUGGGUGAUGGACAGAUAGAGACGACGACCUGUAGCUAUGUCCUUCUUUGGCCUUGACUGUGUGAAAAAGAAAGAGAAAGAGACGGAGAGGAAAAUUCGUGCAAAUGAUAGGGAACACAACCUCUCUUUCAAAUAUGCGACCAAUGCCAUCAAGACGUCUAAAUACAAUGUGCUCACCUUCCUUCCGCUCAACCUGUUUGAGCAGUUCCAGCGCAUCGCCAACGCUUACUUCCUUUGUCUGCUCGUCCUACAGGUGAUUCCAGCUAUCUCCUCCCUGUCCUGGUUCACAACAGUCGUGCCCCUUGCACUGGUGCUGUCCAUCACUGCCGUCAAAGAUGCCAUCGAUGACCUAAACCGACACAAGAGCGACCGACAGGUGAACAACCGCAGGGCACAGGUGCUCAUUGACGGAGAACUGAGAAAUGAAAAAUGGAUGAACGUUCAAGUGGGCGACAUCAUCAAGCUGGAGAAUAACCAGUUUGUUGCAGCUGAUCUCCUCCUCCUCUCUAGCAGUGAGCCUCUUAAUCUGGUGUACAUUGAAACCGCUGAGCUGGAUGGGGAGACCAAUCUGAAGGUGAAGCAGGCUCUAUCUGUAAUCGGAGAAAUGGGAGGAAACAUUGAAGCCCUGGCUGCUUUUAAAGGGGAGGUGUGCUGCGAGCCACCCAAUAACCGCCUGGACCGGUUUGUGGGCACGCUGGUGUGGAGAGGACAGAAGCAUCCUCUGGACAACCACUGUGUCCUGCUGAGAGGCUGUACGCUGAGAAACACCGACUGGUGCUUUGGCCUGGUGCUGUUCGCUGGUCCUGAGACCAAGCUCAUGCAGAAUUGUGGGAAAUCGAGUUUUAAGAGGACGAGUAUCGACCGCCUGAUGAAUGUCCUUGUGCUCUUUAUCUUUGGUUUCUUGGUGUUUAUGUGUAUCAUUCUGGCUGUGGGUCAUGGGAUCUGGGAGCACUAUGAAGGGACAAAGGUCAUGGCCUUUGUGCCACAGCAGAAUGAGGACACUGCGUUCUCAUCCUUCCUCACAUUCUGGUCCUACAUCAUCAUCCUAAACACUGUGGUGCCCAUAUCACUCUAUGUCAGUAUGGAGGUAAUUCGCCUGGGGAAUAGCUACUACAUUAACUGGGACAGGCUGAUGUUCCACACGGGGAGCGGCACAGCUGCUGAGGCUCGGACCACCACGCUGAAUGAGGAGCUCGGGCAGAUCCGUUACGUCUUCUCAGACAAGACCGGCACACUCACACAGAACAUCAUGUGCUUCCACAAGUGCUCCAUCAAUGGCAAAGCCUAUGGAGACGUCUUUGAUUGCUCAGGACAAGGAUAUGGUCUCUCAGGGGACAUGAUGAUGGUGGAUUUCUCCUUUAACUCGCUGGCUGACCCGAGGUUCCAGUUCUAUGAUAACAACCUGCUGGAGGCAGUGAAGCUGGAGACACUGGAGGUGCACUCCUUCUUCAGACUUCUCGCCAUCUGCCACACCGUCAUGGCUGAGGAGAAAAACAAUGAUCUGGUAUACCAGGCCCAGUCUCCAGACGAGGGUGCUCUGGUGACAGCGGCGCGGAACUUUGGCUUCGUGUUCCGCUUGCGCACCCCAGAAAGCGUGUGUGUGGUGGAGAUGGGAGUCCCGCGCACCUACGAGCUCCUCGCCAUCCUCGACUUCAACAACGUCCGCAAGAGAAUGUCUGUCAUCGUGCGUAGUCCUGAGGGAAAGCUCGCUCUCUACUGUAAGGGAGCAGACACCAUCAUCUACAAGAGGCUGCACGAGUCUUGCAGCAAACUGAUGGAAGUCACCACAGAGCACCUCAAUGAGUUUGCUGGUGAGGGUUUGCGCACUCUUGUUCUGGCCUAUAAGGAUCUGGAUGAGGAGUAUUUCUCCGAGUGGAAACAGCGCCACCAUCAGGCCAGCACAGCACUGGAGGGUCGUGAGGACAAACUCAAUCAGCUCUAUGAGGAGAUAGAGAAAGACCUGCUGUUAAUUGGAGCUACAGCUAUAGAGGAUAAAUUGCAGGACGGUGUGUCUCAGACCAUCGAGCAGCUGGCUAAAGCUGACAUCAAGAUCUGGGUGCUGACAGGAGAUAAGCAAGAGACAGCCGAGAACAUUGGAUACUCCUGCAACCUGCUGCGAGAGGAGAUGGAUGACAUUUUUAUUGUCGCUGCAGACUCCCCUGAGGAGGUCAGGCAAGAGCUGAGAGAUGCUCGCAUGAAGAUGCGUCUGGAUUCAGGAGAGGAUGCGUUCUUUAUCCCAGAGAGCAUUCUGGGUAAUAACCCUAAAGUGGUACAGGAUGAGAAUGUGAAUGGGGAAUAUGGCCUGGUCAUCAAUGGUCACAGCCUGGCAUAUGCUCUAGAGGGCAGCAUGGAGCUGGAGUUCUUGCGGACAGCGUGUAUGUGUAAGACGGUGAUCUGCUGUCGAGUGACGCCAAUGCAGAAGGCUCAGGUGGUAGAGCUGGUCAAGAAAUACAAACAAGCCGUCACUCUCGCUAUAGGAGACGGGGCUAAUGACGUCAGCAUGAUUAAAGCUGCCCAUAUUGGAGUGGGCAUCAGUGGUCAGGAGGGCAUGCAAGCUGUGCUGUCCAGUGAUUUCUCCUUCGCUCAGUUCCGGUACCUGCAGCGCCUCCUGCUGGUGCACGGUCGCUGGUCUUACCUGCGCAUGUGCAAGUUCCUGCGUUACUUCUUCUACAAGAACUUCACCUUCACCUUCGUGCACUUCUGGUUUGCCUUCUUCUGCGGCUUCUCCGCCCAGACAGUGUAUGAUGAGACCUUCAUAGCGCUCUAUAACCUGAUGUACACAGCACUCCCAGUGCUGGGCAUGGGUCUGUUUGACCAGGAUGUGAGUGACGGCUGGAGUCUGGAGUACCCUCAGCUCUACGAGCCGGGCCAGCGGAGUCUAUACUUCAGUAAGGGCGCCUUCAUUAAGUGUGCCCUGCACAGCUGCUACAGCUCCCUGGUGCUGUUCUUCGUGCCCUACGCCGCCGUGCGAGACAGUGUGAGCACGGACGGCCACGACAUCGCUGACCACCAGUCCUUUGCUCUGCUCACGCAGACGUGCCUCACCGUCACCGUGUGCGUCCAGUUGGGGUUAGAUCUGUCCUACUGGACGGCGGUGAAUCACUUGUUUGUGUGGGGCAGUCUGGGUAUGUAUUUCCUAGUGACCUUCACCAUGCAGAGCGACGGUCUGCACAGACUAUAUGCCUCUUCCUUCCCUUUCGUAGGUACAGCUCGUAACUCUCUGGACCAGGUCACUGUGUGGCUGACGGUCCUGCUCACAGCAGUACUGUGUGUGCUGCCAGUGGUGGUUCACCGCUUCCUGUUCAUGCAGCUCAACCCCACCAUCAAUGACAAGGUGAGGUUGAAGGUGCACCAGAUGAAGGCCCAGCCUCCUCCCCCUCGCCGCCGUGCCAGGAUCCGCCGCUCCAGCACUCGCCGCUCCGGCUAUGCCUUCUCUCACGCCUACGGUUAUGGUGACCUAGUCACCUCCAAGCGGUUCCUACGGCGACCGGUUCCAUCGCGCUCUGCGGGAUCUACUCCCGCAGGCCGCUCAGCCGCUUUCAGGCCCGCGGGCCGCUCGGCCGGGUACAGCCCGAGCGGGCAGGAGCAGAACCCCAAACAGGCAACAGAACCCACGGAACUGCAGCGGUACCGAGCCGUCCACGACGCCACCUUCUGUAGGCAGGGUGUAGCUCCUGAAUGAGUGCUGGACAUAAGCAGCCUGAGAACCAAAUUAUAGCAAAAUACGAGGAUGCUGUUUAUAUGAAAAUGGUAUUUGUAUGAGAAUGGUGUUUCUGUGAGAACAGUGUUUAUAUGUUUACAGUGCCGCUGUUGGUCAUGAACAGCCUGCAAACAUGUGUGCACACUAAGAAUGAUAAAGAAACCAACAUAUUUCAUAAAUAUAUCAAAGUUUGGUGACACACACAAACACAUUAUUCAGAUAAGGAAGACCUAACAUAAGGAAGACCGUGGUGCUUUCCUUUUGCCUUGGAGGUCACUCUGUACUGCAGUGGUGCAGUUGGAACGAGCAGGUGCCGUUGAUGUCACAGAGCAAUGAUGUCGCAGAGGGCACAUUCCUCUGCAAUAGUCUGGGUCAGAUUCAUGAGAAAAUGUCAUUUCAGGGAGAAAACCGAGAAAAGCACUGUUUACCCAUCCUGAGAACCCCACUCUGCCACACCGUUUCUGCCUCCUGUGCUAACGUGCUUGAUUCAGCUCAUCAGCGCAAUGCUGAUUUCAUCAUCUCUAUUCUAUUCCUGGAGAGGAAUCAAUGUAAUCAUGACACUGUGCAGGAACAGGAGCAGUGUUCUGUUGUAAAAUCAAAAACAAUUUGGUAGUUAACAGUUCAUGCAAACAUCGCUCAAACCCUCAAAAAUUGAGUUAUUAAGUGUUUUGAAAUGUUCUGGCAAACAAAACAAGCAUCCUCUAUUUAUUUUCUCUUGGAUCUUAAUGACUAAAACUGACCUUGUUGAAGAACAAGGCACAAACAGAGGAAAGAUUUCAAUUCGCAAAAAUCUUGAGCAUCUGCAGGACACAGGUAAUAUGAUCUUUCAAGGACUCAACUCAUUGUCAGCAUGCCGCAUCAUUGCAGUCCAGAAGAUCAGAUUUGUAUUAUCAUGUACAUCAGAGAUCAGAUUUGUAAUAUUCCAAUGUGUUUUCAUAUAAUGCAGAGAUCACAUUUGUAUUACUCUAAUGUGUUUUCAUGUAAUGCAGUGCAGUUUCUCUGUGCCUGGUCAAAUCUUUGUUUGACAAAUUGCAACUUUGUGAUAAUUGACUAUAAAGGUGCGGAACAAACUGAAAUUAGGCAAGAUUCAGGUAUGUGUGCAUGUGUUGGUGUGUGACACAGAUGCACGUGCCUAACUGUAAUGCUGAAAUCUCUACUGUGCUAUGACAAUAAUCUUGUUUCUGGUGACCUCUUAUACUGUAAACCAAGGUCAGUAUAUAUAUCCAAACAUGAAUAUUACCUGUCCUGUUUCCCAGGUUUCUUAGUGACAGCUGAAAGUUAUGCAUGCUGACAUCAAACUAGAUAAUCAUUUAGUUAAUCAUUUUAAGGCUGUCAACACAAAAGAGACAAACCUUCAAUACCCACUUAGCUUUAUUUUCAUAUGGGUGGGUAAAAAAUGGUGACAGAUAUUGGAAACAUGAAAUGUCUCAUUUUUUUCAUUGUGUUUAUUUUUGUAAUGUAAAAGAUUAGUAUAAAUAAAUUACUUUUCUACUCUUGUAAA